UCAAGUCACCUUGAAUGAUGAGAGGAUCGUCGGCGGCCGUGCCGCUUCGCCGCUCGACGCGGCUGCUGAGUGCCAUGGCAACUUCCAAGACUCCAUCUGCAUCGAAGAAGGUGAAAAAGACCACCUCAGCAGCUCGUGCUUUGACUAAGAUGGCGAAUACAUCUGCAGUUCAACACAAGUCCAAACCUGGCAAGAUAAAAGACGAAUCUGGUGGGGCUGGCGAGGUGUUAUUCAAACGUGGCACGUUAUCACGAGAGUUCGAGCAGCGCAUCUACAAGAAAGGAUAUUCAUGCGUAGUCGGUGUCGAUGAAGCUGGCCGGGGCCCCCUGGCUGGACCUGUCGUCGCGGCUGCUUGCUACAUCCCGUUGGAUGUCGAGAUUGAAGGCAUUUACGACAGCAAGCAGCUCAACGAAACUCAGCGCGAGGCGUUGUUCGAAGCAUUGACUACACAUAAAGACGUGCAAUACGCAGUUCAUGUCAACUGUCCUGCACGCAUCGACGAGAUCAAUAUCCUGCAGGCGACGCUGGAAUCCAUGACCAAGUCUGUCGAAGCGUUGAACGUGCACGCCGAUUACGCCUUGAUCGAUGGAAACAAGAUGCCACCGCUGCGCAUCUCGGGGGAGUUCGUCGUAAAAGGCGACAGCAAGGUGUAUGCGAUCGCUGCCGCAUCCAUCAUUGCGAAGGUUACUCGAGACCGCCUCAUGGUCGAGUACGACAAAACGUGGCCAGCAUACCACUUUGCACAGCACAAGGGAUAUGGCACAAGGGCGCACAUGGCUGCGAUCCACACACACGGCGCGAGCCCCAUCCAUCGCAUGACGUUUGCCCCGCUCAACCAAAUUUGAAUCAUAAGUAGGACCAGACAUCGUCGCCCCGUCUUGCCCGAGAACGUUCCGUUUGUACAGUACGACGACCAAGCACGACUUGCUGGCCUGGCGCAUCCUCAAAAUUCAAAGCUCUUCCUCACGCCAGACACUCACUGGCCUCAAAUGUCUCGCCACCAAUCCUUUGGCCUCAUCAACCCGUGAGGUCGACACCCCCG